CAACUACGUGUGUAGUGGUUUUGUUUAUUGUUACCUUGAGUAUUUACGAAAGACGCAUAAUAACAAAGAGUUGCAAAGUUGUUUAACUAUUUAAGAGACAUAAUGGCAGAUAUGGACAUACAAAGUAAUAAAAUGUCGAUAACGGAGGAGACGCAAGCGACGCGCAAAGAAUGCGGAAAAAGAGGACGAAAACCAGGAAGAAAGACGUCUACAGAAAAAUUGGACAUCAAGGCCAAACUGGAACGCAGCAGACAAAGUGCUAGAGAAUGUCGGGCGCGCAAGAAGCUGCGGUAUCAGUACCUGGAGGAACUGGUGGCGGAUCGGGAGAAGGCUGUAGUGGCUCUACGUACCGAGCUGGAGCGCGUCGUUAAUUCAAUGGAAUAACCAGUUGUGCGAAAGCAACACUCCAACCAACAAUGACCAGUUACUUCAGGAACUCGGAAUCCUCAAACAAGAAUAACCUCCAUUUAAAUUUUUAGCAUAAGAAUAUUAAUUUUAUAAAUAUAUAUAUAUAAAUGUACCACA